AUGGUGGUGCGUGAUGUUGGUGUGGAUGUUAAGCCUGUCAGUGUUUUCAGAUAUGUGCUAGUGUGUAUAUGCCUUACAGCUAGCACAAAGACCAGCACCAGCAAGUCAGUUGUGUGCAGAUGUCACCAGGUAGAGCUUAAGAAGCAGACGUAAGAUUGUUAGUGCCUGGGAGUGAGAAGGAUCCUUCACCAGAGUGAGGAGAAGAUCGUAUGUGUUUAUAGAUUUGCUGUGGGGUUUUGGAGAGGAAAUUGUUCUGUGCAUACAGAGAAGCUGAAAGCCAGGUAUCCAGGCUGUGAAAUCACUUGGGCAGGUGAAGGCUACUGA